AUGACACAAACACCAAUUUCUGCUCCUGGAGCUCCACGAAAGCCUAAACGAAGCUCGAUCGUUCAUGUAAAGGAUGUGCCUCCACCUAGCAAUAUGACAACUCCAUCAGCAUCAAAAACUGAUGAUUCGGACGUUUCUUGUGAUCUCUUUUUUCUUCAUCCAACGCUUUUUGUGACAGAUCGUGAGCUUCUACAUCGAGAAGUUUUCAAGAAAUGCGAAGAAGCGGGCCUUGAUCCAAAAUGGGUAGAGGAUCAAGCGAUCAAAAAAGUGAAGCCAAACGAUCACAACUUCUACAUUUUACACCAAUUCGAAGGACCAUCCUAUGAGAUGCUAAAAAACAAAAAGUGCAAAACUAUCUCGUCGUUUCUGGUGCGCGAAUGUCUGAGAGAAGAAACGCCAUUGCCGAAAAUAAAUGUCCCAAUCUAUUCAAAACAUCUAAACGGUGUUCGCAUCACUUUUACUGGAUUUACGACAGAAGAAAAAGAACGUCUAACGUCGUUGGUUUUUGCAAUGGGUGGCCAUGUGAGUCCGCGAUUCAGCGAAAGGAUUACGCACAUGGUGGCAAAUGGAUACAUUCCGGAUAACGCUGGGAAAUAUCGGGCAGCCAAACAGCUGAAUGUGCCGAUCAUGGACGUGAGUUGGUUGGAAGAUGCUUGGCUAAAAGCACAAGCGCACGAACCAUUCAAUUGUGCAUCAAAUGAUUUUGUUCGCGAACAUCAAAUGCCACUUUUCAAAGGACUGGUAAUCACAAAAACCGGAAUCUCGCAAGCGCAAAUGACCGAUUUGAUUCGAGCGAUUGAGAUUAAUGGAGGAAAAUACUCGCCUUCAUUGACUCAGCAAUGUACACACAUGAUCACGGAAUCUUGCUCUGGAGAUAAAUAUCGAAAGGUAAAAGAUUGGGAAAAGAGAAGCAAGGCGGAAGAGAAAGGAGUGCGACGAGUGUAUUUGGUGAAUCUGAAAUGGCUGAUGAAGUCGAUUGAAGCGGGUUACAUUCAACCGGAGUCCCGGUAUGAUCCAGAACGACCGACAUGCUCUACCCCCACGCACGAGGCUCCGAUACAAGAUCUUGAAUUGAGUGCUAUUGCUGGCCAGCAAAACGGAAAACUGGACACACAAAUCAACUACACUUUUCAUCCAAAUGGGACUAGUCCGAUGGAUGAUCGGCUUCGGAGACUAAGUAAUGCUUCUGGUGUUCAAGCAUCACCUUAUUUAAGAACACCUACCAGUGGAAGCGGUGCCAAGUUCGAGAGAAAUAGAGUUUCCGCUUUACGACGUGAGGCAAGGAAUAGUUCAAUUGGCGGUGAAAGUGGAAGAAGAUCAAACCUACAACGAUCGAACUCGGCCAGUUUGUUGUGUCAAGACCCAACUGCGAUGCUGAAUCGAAAGCUUCGCGAAUUGAACGACCCGGUGGAAAAUCUUGGCCAAGAACGAGAUGAACUUGACAAUGAAUUGGACACUUUAGAGGGCACUCGAAUUCUGAUCAUCGGUGCCUCAAAUUCCUCACUCUCGACUUGGAAACGUGUGCUAAAUUGUUUGGGUGCCUGUCGUGUGACGAAAAUCAUGGCUGACACGCUUGUGGUUAUUGUGAGAAUAUUUGGCAGUGAAGACGAGAAAAAGCUGCGCGAAGCUCAAGAGGUCGGUGUUGUUAUUGUGAAAGCCGAAUGGGUACUUCAAUGUCUUCUACGAAAAGAUCAAAUCUCUACAAAUGAAUACCUAUGGAGUGACUAUGUAACCGAAUUGGAGCGGCAAGUAGCCUUGGAAUUGGAAGGACCGAGACGGGAGAAUACUGCUGGACAGCAAGAUUUGGAGUUUCCGACAAAAUCUGGCAUCACGACAGAGCUCAACUCGAAAUCAAAUUUUGGAAGCCAAAAUCAAGUGACAAACGAGAACGAAACUGUUUAUGACGAACAAUUUACUAACUCAAAGUUUUUGGCGGAGAAAACGUUUCGAAUUUUUGAGAAAGGAAUGGAACAAGAUGAUAUGGACGAACUGAAGAAGGAAAUUCACAAUCUUGGGGGAACCUAUACGGUUGCGACAGAUAACACCGUCGAUUAUCUCAUCUUUCCGCUUAUCGAAUUUGGAACAGUACCCGCGCCAACCGAUGAAAAUGUUGAGCAUAUUGUGACUGGAUUUUGGCUGCGUUGUUGCAUUACGACUGGAAAGCUACUCGAACCGAACGAAUCCCCGUUGUUUCGACCGAUUCCCGCGUGUGCCGGAAGUACAAUUUUCAAGGGUUUAGUCGUCUCGGUCACCGGGCUGGAUCACGCGCUACGGGAAGAGAUCUCGACUUUGGUUGAGGAAUUUGGCGGCAUUUUUCAGACGAGUAUCAGUCGAGUGGAUAAGGCCAAUAACAAAAAGAACACGCAUGUCAUCGCGGGAAAUUUAAGCGCAAAGACGAAGACAUCGAUUCAAUGGGGAAUAAAGGUGAUGGAUCCAUCGUGGGUGGUUGAGAGUGUGAUCAACGAUCGGUUGAUGCCUGAAACGAUGUUUCCAGUUGGCGAUGCGCCAUUCGCCACUUAUAAAGGCCGUGCGGAUGAUGUUUGGCAAACGUGUGAAAUGGGUCGUUUUGAUGUGAAUUACGAGAUGAGAAACACUGUGAACACUCAACCACAAAAUGAAGGAUCCUCACUUGGCACUAAUCAUCACGUGUCACAACCAAAAUUAACGAAUAAUAAGGCCCCUUUGAUCACCGAAGAACCCCAUCCAUCGUCGAGCUCUUCAAAGUUCCUCGACUCGCAAAUCCUCUUCAAACCGCGUUUCCGGUUAGACGGUUUGAGUCAAGUCAUCGAUGGAUUGCCGACACAAGAAACACCGGGACCCUCAAUAGGGGAUACGGCGACUGCACAUCAAGUGAGCAAUGCCCUCAAGGAAGCUGUUGAGAAAACCGGCACACCAAAGGCUCCAUUACCAAUCAUGCAAACGCGAACGGCUCAACUGGAACCUGAAAACAAGGUACCUCCUCUAUCUCUAUCUAAGCCAGUCAUUCGACCGAAACGGGACUAUGCCUUGGCCAGCAAGAUGCACGAAGACUUACUCAAUGAUGAAAUCGCUUCAACUACAGAUGGACGAAAUUCUCGCAGUUCUGUUGUUUCAACGCAGACGACCAAUCAAACGGGGAAACGCCGCCGACUUCGUGAGCCAUCGCAAAAUGAUAUGCUCAAUUCGAAUGUACCAUUUGCUGUAGCCGAUCCAAUCGCUGAAGUUGUGGAGAUUGACGAUAGAACACAAACACAGGGACCGUCGGCUAAACAAAGAAGACAAGAAAUUGUCGGAUGGAUGGAUGCAUCGGAUAACAACGUUAUGAAACGCUUUGAUGAAAGCUUGGCCCAACAAACGCCCGCCAGUGCUUUGAAGAAAAGGAUGAGCAUAAAAGAUCCGCAACCUAGAAGAGAUGUUAAUGCUGGCACGACCACGCUACUCAAUGUCACUAAACAGAGCUCAAUCCAUGCACCAAAGACGGCACCUAAUCUGAACGUUCCAUCAACUUCUGCUGUAAAACAUUUGCAAGCUGAGCCGAUUAAAGACGAAGUAAUCAAAGAAGAGCCACUGUCUGAGCCGCAAUCAGUGCAACCAAAACGAGGGUCAGAUUGGUGCUUCAGUUAUUCGUCGAUUCCCACUCCUGCGCAACUCCACGAACUUGACGACAUUGUGAAACAAUUGGGUGGCCGAUCUUCACUCUCAACGCAAAAUGAGCAACUACCAUCUUUGUACAAUCGGACGACCCAUUUAGUGACAGGCCGUUUGAUUCGCAAUGAGAAAUGCCUGAGUGCAAUCGCGAUUGGAGCUUAUUUGUUGGUGCCAGAAUACUUGGAGGAUUCGAAGAAACAGGAUCAAUUCUUGGAAGUAGAACCCUAUGAUUGGAAGACGCGAGUUGAGCAAAUGCCCGAAAUGAAACAACGAGAGAAAGCGUUAGCUGAAGCGGCGAUUUGGUGGAGAGAACAUUUGACUGCAAAGCGAAAUGGUGGCGAUAAGAAUUUUGGAGCGUUUACUGGUUGGCGAGCGCUCAUCUAUUCAAAACCGUCGAAAGCUGACGCUGUGAUAAGGAUUAUUAAAUGUGGCGGUGGUGAGGCGGUGUGUCGAUCCACGAUUGAAUCAGUGGCCGGAUACAAGCCGACGCAUGCACUCGUCGAGAAUUGCCAAUUCUGGAAUGCAGACGAACUUAUGUUGUUGAUCAAGUGUCGUGCUCGUGCUUUCCCAUUCGACUACACAGCCAACUAUUUAUCUCGCCAUGGUCGCUUUGAUAUCAGCGAUACGUUAGAGGAUUAUAGAAGAUGCCUUGGGACGAUGCCCAGCAAUCGCCACCAU